AUGAGUUACUGGGAUAUCUACUAUAAUAGUAUACCUGGAGUUUCCAGAGCGCAAACGCAUAAUUCUCUUGGACUUGAAUUGGACAUUAUUAUUAAAGCACUUCCACCAAAAAAGCCGAGCUUAUUACAAGGCAGAGGUUUUGAAGAGUUUUUUAAAGAUAAUGAUAAUGAUGAAACAUUGACAAAAAAAGCGAGAGUGGAAGACAAAAAUCAGGAAACGAUCGAUUAUGGCAAUAACGUACAACACGAAUCACAGUCUUCUGCCGAAGAUAAUUUAGCCAAGGAAGUUAAAAAUAAGCCACCAAAAAGAGAACACCAACAAAAGCUGAACCAAGAUGGUGAUCUCAAGGACUCACAGAAGACAAAUUCUAAAUCGAACAAGAAGCAAAAGGAGGCCAAGUUGUCUGCGAAUAAAGACAAGGAUUUGGGUGAUACUGAUAAGCUAACCAUUUUGGCAAAAAUAUGA